AUGGGACGAACUCACAUGGACGAACCUGCAAUGGGGCGAACCUGCAAUGGGCGAACCUGCAAUGGGGCGAACUUGCAAUGGGGGAAUCUUGCAAUGGGGCGAACUUGCAAUGGGGCGAACUUGGACAAAUGGGGCGAACUUGCAAUGGGGGCGAACUGCAAUGGGGCGAAUUGCAAUGGGGGGAAGAACUUGCAAUGGGGCGAACUUGCAAUGGGGGGAACUUGCAAUGGGGCGAACUUGCAAUGGGGCGAACUUGCAAAUGGGGCGAACUGUAAUGGGCGAAUUGCAAUGGGGCGAACGCAAAUGGGGCGAAUUGCAAUGGGGCGAAUUGGAAUGGGGCGAACUUGCAAUGGGGCGAACUUGCAAUGGGCGAACUGCAAUGGGGCGAACUUGCAAUGGGGAGAACUUGCAAUGGGGCGAAUCUGCAAUGGGGGGAGAACUUGCAAUAAGGAACUUGCAAAGGGGCGCACGGUAAAGGGCGAACUUGCAAAGGGCGAAUUGCUAUGGGGAGAACUUGCAAUGGGGAGAACUUGUAAUGGGGGAGAACUUGCAAGGAGGCGACUUUUGAAGGGCGAACUUGCAAGGGGCGAACUUGUAAGGCAAGGAAUCUUGCUAUGGGGCGAGCCUGCUGUGGGGCGAGCUCACUAUGGGGGGCGAGCCUACUAUGGGGGCGAGCCUGCUGUGGGGGGCGAGCCUGUGGGGGGGAGCGUGCUGGUGGGGGGGCGAGCGUGCUGGUGGGGGCGAGCCUGCUGUGGGGGGGGCGAACCUGCUGGGGGCGAGCUUGCUGGGACGGAACUUGCAAUGGGGCGAACUUGCAAUGGGGCGAAUCUUGCAAUGGGGCGAACUUGCAUUGGGGCGAACUUGCGAUGGGGCGAGCCUGCGAUGGGGGGGAGCCUGCGAUGGGGGAGCCUGCGAUGGGGAGCCUGCGAUGGGGGAGCCUGCGAUGGGGGAGCCUGCGAUGGGGGGAGCUUGCGAUGGGCGAGCCUGCGAUGGGGCGAGCCUGCGAUGGGGCGAGCUUGCGAUGGGGCGAGCCUAGCAGGACGAAAGGAAUUUAAGGUGGGACGAGAAGCAAUGGGGAACGAACUUAUGGCAGAAAAUGAACCUGCAGGGGACGAAAUUUGCUAUGGGACGAAAUUUGCAAUGGGGGCGAACCUGCAAUGGGGCGAAUUUGCAUGGGGGAAUUGCAAUGGGAAGCGAACUUGCAAUGGGGCGAACUUGCAAUGGGGGGAAUCUUGCAAUGGGGGCGAAUUGCAGAGCGAACUUGCAAUGGGGGCGACUUGCAAUGGGGGCGAACUUGCAAUGGGGGAAGGAAGAACUUGCAGUAAUGGAAUUUGCAAUGGGGCGAACUUGCAAUGGGGCGAAUUGGGCAAUGGGGCGAACUUGCAAUGGGGCGAACUUUGUAAGGGGCGAACUUGCAAUGGGGCGAACUUGCAAGGGGCGAAUUUAAAUGGGGAGAACUUGUGGCAAGCGAACUUGCAAGGGGGCGAACUUGCUAUGGGGCGAGCCUGCAAUGGGGCGAAUUUGGCAGGGGAGAGCCUGCUAUGGGGGCGAGCCUGCUAUGGGGCGAGCCCGCAGGGGCGAGCCUGCUAUGGGGAAGGCGAGCUUGGGGCGAGCUAA